UAACGAACGCGACGCGACGCGACGCGACGCGACCCGACAAUACCUCGCUCCAUUUGACGCCUGCCAAACGUGCCCAAAAACACACAGACGGGAUGCUCUAACACUCCAAUAUGAACACCCGCUCUUCAAUUUAUACCCAUCAUCACUGAUCACCAAAGAAAUGGAAGCCAUGGCAUUUUCAUUUUCAUACCAGACCUCCUUACUUUCUCUCUCUACCCAAAUAUCCCCAUCUUUGAAAUAUGGGGCCCUCAGAUCCUCUCACUCCUCAAUCCUUUCUCUCUCCUCCAAACUUUCCCCUUGUUUGCAUCUUGGCGUACGAAUUCAGUGUUCUAGCACCCCAAACCCCAGCCCAGGUGAAAGUGAUAGCAAAGCUGUUUUGGAUGCUUUUUUCGUGGGCAAAGCUUUGGCAGAGACUCUCAAUGAGAGAAUUGGGUCCACAGUUGGGGAAUUCUUGAGUGUGGUUGGUCGGUGGCAAGCGGAACAACAAAAGCAAGUGCAGGACUUCCAGGAGGAGGUUUUAGAGAGGGCCAGAAAAUCCAAGGAGAAAUCAUCGCGUGCAGUCAUGGAACAAAGUGGAAUGGCAUCAAAGUCCCUUGCCAAACCCACCGACAAAGAAGUUUCUAAAGAAAGUACUGUAAUUUCAUCUUCUACUUCUAGUCCUGCUAAUGAUGACCCUUCUCAGGAUGAGAGCAAUCAAGACUAGUUUUAUCUUAUGUUAAGCUUCUAUGUUUUGUCUGGUAUGCUAUUUCUUGUAUUAAGUUUCUAAUUUGAUAAUAUGCUUUCUGUUGCAAUGAAGUUGGGCCUUGUCUACAAAUCAACGUGAUUAGUGGAAGUUGGGAUUGGGCUUUGGGUUCUGUAGCUUUAUAAAAUUAAAAUUACUUACAUGCUUCCUGUAAGAAUAAGAUCAACAUAAAAGGUAGAAUUCAAUUAAUCUUUUACAGAACGAGGAUAUUGCAAAUCUUUAAAUGGACUAGAAGAUGUUAUUAAAUAGCAUGCUGUAGUUUUUUUCAGUUUUUUGAGGACACGGAACUUUCAUAAGGUAGAGAGAAUCCCGAUGUUUUGUGAAUACUGAUAGCAUUCUGCUUUGCUGGUUAGUGGUUUAGUAUAGAAUAUUAUAAUGUAUUAUUGGUGCCAAACCUGUUGCAAAGUUGAUAGUAUCAUGUCUCUUACUUGCAUGUUUGUAUAGGUGUGAAACGGCUUACUUGAAACCUCAAGUUAUAGAAUUAUGUGAUUGUGGAUCUUAAAAUGGAAGGCUUGAGACUUUCACGUUCAGAAUUACCUAACUGUACUCAAGAUGCUGCAAAAGGAAGAGACAAUAGAAUCUUUUUUUUUUGACAUGUU